CUCCUGAAUGUUCUCCUCUCCAGCCCUGGAAGCAGCACCCAGAGCCAACAGUGUCCUGCAGUGUUCCCCAUGGCCUGCCUGAGCCCCUCACAGCUCCAGAAGUUCCAGGAGGAUGGAUUUCUGGUUCUGGAAGGAUUCUUGUCGGCAGAAGACUGUGUGGCCAUGCAACAGAGGAUUGACGAUAUCGUGGCCAAGAUGGACGUCCCUCUCCACUGCCGCACAGAGUUUUCCACCCAGGAAGAUGAGCAGCUUCGAGCCCAGGGCAGCACAGACUAUUUCUUGAGCAGUGGUGACAAGAUUCGAUUCUUCUUUGAGAAAGGCGUUUUUGAUGAGAAAGGAAAUUUCUUGGUCCCUCCAGAGAAAUCUAUCAACAAAAUUGGCCACGCUCUGCAUGCCCAUGACCCUGUCUUCAAGAGCAUCACACACUCUCCCAAGAUGCAGGCUUUGGUCAGAAGUCUGGGCCUCCAGAUGCCAGUGGUGGUACAGAGCAUGUACAUUUUUAAGCAACCUCACAUUGGAGGUGAAGUGUCUCCUCACCAGGAUGCCACCUUCUUGUACACGGAGCCCCUGGGCCGGGUCCUGGGCAUGUGGAUUGCACUGGAGGAUGCCACACUGGAGAACGGCUGCCUCUGGUUCAUUCCUGGCUCCCAUAUCAGUGGAAUAUCAAGAAGAAUGAUCCGGGCCCCUCUGGGCUCAGGGCCUGGCACCAGCUUCCUUGGGUCAGAGCCCUGCUGGGAUAACAGCCUCUUUGUGCCCAUGCCAGUGCGGAGAGGGGCCCUAGUCCUGAUCCAUGGAGAAGUAGUGCACAAGAGUGAGCAGAACCUCUCGGACCGCUCACGCCAGGCCUACACUUUCCACCUCAUGGAGGCUGCUGGCACCGUCUGGAGCCCGGAGAACUGGCUCCAGCCGACAGCUGACCUACCCUUCCCAUCACUUUACACCUAAAAGCCCUGGCAGUGCUGGGGUCGUCUCUCUCAGGGUAAAGCUGUGGCCUCCAGCCACCAACCAAAGUCACAUCUUCCUGCCUGGGAUUUCUUUUCUGGUGGUGUCUGUGCCCCUCUGUCCAGCUGAUAGGCAGUCAAGAGGCACAAGUGACAAGGCGUUGGCCCAGGCUUAUUGAAGGGCUUCCCAAAAUCUCUGUCUCUCUGCCACCUUACUGCCCCAACCGGGCCUCCUUCUGAAGUGACUUCUCAGCCAUGAAAGGAUUCUGUGAGACUCAGUCUCCUCUCUAGGGCAAGUGAUCAUUACUGUAGAAGACACUGAAUAAAAAUGACUUUUGAAGACA